AUGGCUGGGAUCAGGGUCGAGUUUCUGGUGGUCCUGUCCGGGACUCUGCUGUUGGCUUCAGGCCGGGGCUGGUAUCCGAUCAACGACACUCAGCUCUUCAGUUUCUACGAAACGGGGCAGUGGGGCGAAGCUGUUAGCUUUACGCCGCCAGAUAACCGCAAUGAGUUUGACAGUGAAGAAGAAAUUCCUGAAGAUGCACUUCCUGAAGUUGAAGGUGCUGCCACUAGUGACAAAUUUGACCCUUUUGCUGACCAUGGAUUCCAGGUGGAGAGUGGCGAUUUUGGACCCAGACAUUGGGCCAGUGGAGCAGAUGGUGGAUUCCAGAUGGAAUUUGUAGAUGCCCCUCCAAGGAGCUGGACUAGCAGUGCCAGUCCAAGUUCUUCUGGGCUAGCUAUUGUUUGCAGUGAGGCUGGCUUCCAGAUUACUCUGCCAACAGAUUAUUUAAGUGAAGUUAAAGUUUUGGGCACAAAGGAUGUGCUGUCUGUCAUUGAUGCUCCUGAGUCUUGUGGUUAUGAAGUGAACCCUCUCAAGAACACUUUGACUGUACCCUUCACUGGGUGCCAUGUGAAACAUACUGACAGCUACAGCCUGCAGUUGUUGUACAUCGAUGAGCUCGGUCAGACACAAGUUACUACUGCAUCUUGUGAGGAAAGUCUGAAUAUGGACCCUGGCCUGUUCCCUCGCUCCAGUGACAAUCCCCAACACAAGCAAAAGUGCACUAACCCAGCCACUGGACCAUCAAAGGCACAAAAUUGCGCUGUCCAGACAGGGGAGCGCUUGACUUGUGGCCAGUCAGGAAUAUCUUCCUCAGAUUGUCAAAAGAUGGGGUGCUGUGUGGAUUCUUCUACAUCUGCCUGCUAUUAUCCAAUGGAUGAGUGCACAGGGGAUCAACACUUUGUUUUUGCCAUUCGCUAUGACGCUGCAUCCAUCCCUGUAGACCCCGCCAAGCUUGUUAUUCCCGGUACAAACUGUAAACCAGUCAUUGUUAAUGACAAGGUUGCCAUCUAUAAAUUCAAAGUUACAGAAUGUGGAGCUCGUGCUUAUGAGGUUGGCAAUACAAAGAUUUACCUGGCUGAGGUGCAGACUAUUGUCCAAGCUCUGAACCUCAAGUAUGGUGCAAUUACAAGAACUGAUCCACUCAGGCUCAUGGUUGAGUGCCGCUACAGCAAAGGGGGCACUCCUCACCAGUCGCUGGCCAGCAUUGGCUAUAUGGUCAAGAUCCCAAGUUCUGCCUUGCCAUCAUCAGUCAUCGCCAAUGGCUUAUAUGGUGUUCAACUGAGAAUUGCUAAAGAUCAGACAUAUUCAAGUUACUUGCCCACUUAUCAUCAGCCCUUGCGACUGCUCCUUGGCAAGCCGGUGUAUCUUGAACUACGCCUGAAGUCUCCCAAACCAGAUGCUGUAAUUCUCGUCAAUUACUGUCUAGCUUACCCUCGCUCUGCAAAGAAUGCACUGGUGCUUGUUUAUGAAGGGUGUGCCAACCCUUAUGACCCAAAUGUGUCCAUCCUUAAAGUCAGUGACCUUCCCAAAAAUCGCCACCAGAGGCGCUUCAUGGUCAACGCUUUCCAGUUUAUGGAUCAAAAGACAAACAAGUACCUCGAUGAAGAAAUCUAUUUCAUGUGCUCUGCAGAAGUUUGUAGGCCAGCAGAAAAGACGUGUAAAGAGCGAUGUUUUGAUGGAAAGGGAUAA